AGUGAAGAAAGCAAUAGAUGAGAAUGUAACUACGGGUAGAGUGAGAAAAGGGAAAUAUAAGAGAGGGGUGACAGAGAAAACUGGAUUAAAACGAAGACAACAGCAUUGAGCGAGAGACAGAAAGAGAAAGAUAUGGCACUGUUCCCAUGCUGCAGGCUGCCUUCAGGAUUUUCUUUUGGGAAUCGGAAGCCACUGCUUGUCUUGGGUGUAUGCCUUCUCGCUGGAUUGAUCUACUUUCUAAGGGAGAAGAGAGCAUCUGCUGUUCCUAUAUCGUCCAUGUCUCUGUUCUCGGGAGUGGAGCAAAGACGAUCAGGAUUGUAUGGUAAAGAGGUUCCUGUGAUGACACCAUGGGGUGCCCCUUUGGUGUGGGGGGACAGUGAGUCCGCGGUCUGGCGCAGAGAAGGGUUUGCCAAGCUUAAUGCCCGCACUGGCCUGGCAAUCCUGGCAAUUGGGAACUAUAAUCACUACUUACAACGUCUCCUGUCUUCUGCUGAACUCUACUUCCUGCUCAAUUUCUAUGUCACUUACUAUGUCUUGACUGACAGGCCACAAGAGCUGGAUCCUCCCCUGAAGCUGGGGCUAAACAGGGAGCUGCGUGUCAUUCCUGUGGCUGAGAUGCCAGGCUGGGACAGGCUCGGUCUGCGGCGCAUGGCUUUGCUCGCAACCCUCAUCAAGGAGCAGAUAAAUCUGGAAAUGGAUUAUGUCUACUGCAUUGACGUUGACCAGGAAUUCACAAACCCGGUUGGCACAGAGAUCUUGGGGAAGCUGACGGCCACAAUCCAUCCUUUGUUCUAUGGAAAACCUAGGUACUCUUACCCCUACGAGAAGAACCCAGACUCACAAGCUUAUGUCGCAGAGCGGGAAGGUGACUAUUACUAUAGCUCUGAGUUCUAUGGAGGCCUGUGCUCCAAGGUGUUAGCCAUGGUUCAGACAUGCUCCCUGCUCAUCCUACGGGACCAGGAGAAUGGAGUACAAGCCCAAGAAUUAGAAGAGAGUUACCUGAACCGCUAUUUGAUCAACCAUAGACCCACAUGUGUCCUUUCACCAGAGUACAACUGGUGGGAGUCACCUGGAGUCCAUGAAGUGCCCACUCAGAGGCUGCACUCUAUAGGGAGACAAUGCCGAUCAACUGGCAACUACAAGGGCGAUACAAACAUUUGCUGAGGAGAGGAAAGAAGAGGACAACCGGAAUACUUGUGUUGAUGACAAAAAAUAUUUGAUUGCUGUAAUGAUAUCAAUGUAUGCCAAAUACUAGUGUUAGAUAUAUUUUUACUGGAAUUCAUCCACAAACAAGAGUUGCGGAGGGGAAAAAAUCCUAAUUUUGCAUUAUUGUAUCCAAUUUAGUAGAUAUUGAACAGCUUUCUAACUAAUUGGGUAAUUUAUAGGUUGGACAAGAAUUCUACAUAAAUUCUACAUAAAACAUUGUAGAACCUGACAAAGGGCUUG